AUGGACACACUUAUAUGGAAAAUUUUGCCUAAGGAUAUCUUACACUGUAGUUUUUGCGAUUCAGUUACACACUGCAAGUGUGCAGGAAUUUCUGAUUCAUCAUUUAAAGAAUUUCAGAAUGCCUCUGGUUUUCUGUGGAGUUGUGACAGUUGUCAGGAUCAGGUUGAGGCUGUUAAAUCCUGUAAGAAAUUGAGUGAUAUAGCUGAUAAUAUAAAGAAAAUUCAGGACUGCAACAGCACAAUCAACGCUCAGAUUAAAGAUAUCAAGGCAAGGGUUGAUGAAAGAACAACUGAUUGUGAUGUUGAUGGCAAAAUGAGUAUACUUCAAGAUAAUCUUAGUAAGUCAUUUGCUGAAGUGUUGAAGGGUAUGGUUGCUAAAAAUAAUGAUAUUCUUGUUAAUAAAAUGAAAGCACUUCAAGUGGAUUUGAAAGUCAUAUUCUGA